UUACUUGUCAAUUGUUGCAAAAUAAAAAUACACUACAUCAUUUGUAAAUAAAUAUUAUCUGACUAUGCCUUAAUAUUCAUUAAGUUGGUUUUAACUUUGUACAUUUUUGCAACAAAGCUCUUUUGAAUGUCUUUCAAAUUUUCUAUCAAUUAGUAUGGAUUCUCAUCCUCUUAAUUUGGCUCAUCAGCAACAUAGACGAGCAGAGGCCCAUUUGAAAUACAAUAGAUAUGACGAGGCCAUGCAAUGUCAUCACAAUGCUGCUGAGUUAUUACUAGACGCCAUGAAAUCUACCACGUCGUCUGUUGCUUUAGAAUCAAUCACUUUACAACACAGCUACCAUCUUAAACAAAAAGAUUUGAUAAAAAAUAAGAAAGAACAAUAUGCAAGGGUAAAAAAAGCACUUGAUAACAUUAAAUUGUUAAGUAAAGAUCCAGAAUUAAACAUUCAAGACAACAACAUUCUAAAGUUGCAAGUAGCCAUAUAUAAGAAUUUAAAAGAAUCGGAGUCUUUAUUUAAUAUUUUAAUAUCAAGUAAUGAAUCUAAAGAAAAAGAGGUUGAUAUAAAUAAAGAUGAUGUAGAUGGAACAAAAAUUGUUCCCACCCAAGAAUCAGUCAUUGAGGAACUGAAAAUUCUAAACCAAAAUUUUAAUUCCAUGACAGAGCAAAUGGUUCUCCAAAGUGAAUUAUUGAAGGAUGAAAACACAAUACUCAAAGAAAGAGUUAGUUAUUUGGAAAAAGAAAGGCUGAAAUUCCUUAAUAUCCAAUCUCAGGAUGUUUCAAUUGAUAGAAAUGAGUUUUCUGCACUUAGUAUGUUGACUGAAGGUUUCAGCAAGGAGCCAAGUCAGACAGAGUCGACAGGGCUGUCAAAUAAACCAUUUAAUGUCUCGCCUUUUGAGAGAGUUAAUCAACAUCCUCACUUUGAUUUGAGCGCCCUGAAGGAUGAUAACAUAGGCUGAAAAUCUUGAUUUGUGUUAAACAAGGUGAGAAUUAUGUUGCAAAAGUUUGGGUAGAUAUAUUGAAGUCACUAAAUGUAUUGCAUUUAUAUUGUUGAAAUAAUAUGCAACGAUCUUGCCUUCUUUUUAAAAAGUGUCUAAGAUGUCAUUGUAAAUUGUACAUUAACUCCGACCGUUACAUUUGAACA